GCCGGCGUCGCCGUGGUUCCGUCAUGGCCGAGGCGGCUGAGGAGCCCUCGCUGGAGGCCACGGCGCUGGCGGCGGCCCGGGAGCGGAGCAGCCGCUUCCUGAGCCGCCUGGAGCUGGUGAAGCAGGGCGCCGAGGCUCGCGUGUUCCGCGGCCGCUUCCAGGGCCGCGCGGCCGUGGUGAAGCACCGCUUCCCCAAGGGCUACCGGCACCCGGCGCUGGAGGCGCGGCUCGGCCGGCGGAGGACGGUGCAGGAGGCCCGCGCGCUGCUGCGCUGCCGCCGCGCGGGGAUAUCUGCCCCCAUUGUCUUUUUUGUGGACUAUGCUUCUAAUUGCUUAUAUAUGGAGGAGAUCGAAGGUUCAGUGACUGUUCGAGAUUAUAUUCAAUCCACUAUAGAGACUGAAAAAGCUCCCCAAAGCCUGUUUGCCCUAGCCAGGAAAAUUGGGCAGGUUUUGGCUCGAAUGCACGACGAAGACCUCAUCCAUGGUGAUCUCACCACCUCCAACAUGCUCCUGAAGCCGCCCCUGGAAAAGCUGGACCUGGUGCUCAUUGACUUUGGGCUGAGUUUCGUCUCAGGCCUUCCCGAGGAUAAGGGAGUAGACCUCUAUGUCCUCGAGAAAGCCUUCCUCAGCACCCACCCCAACACCGAGCCUGUGUUCCAGGCCUUUCUGAAGAGCUACUCUACCUCAUCCAAAAAGUCCAGACCUGUCCUGAAGAAAUUAGAUGAAGUGCGCCUGAGAGGAAGAAAGAGGUCCAUGGUGGGGUAGAGGAUUAUGUGCGACCUCAUCCACCACCUGGCUCUUCAGUCAGUGAGGAAACACUGUGGAGAGACGAAUGUGAAUAAAGGUGUCGGGACAUCUGA